GAUAUUUAUAUUCAUGCAUUGCAGCCAUUGGGAAAGGCAAAUAAAAAGGUGAAUAGCUAAGGAAGCAAUUAAUCUCCCAAGAAUCGUCAAAAUCUAUCAGAUUGAAGAGUUCGAUCGAAGAAUCAAGAAUAUGGGUCGGUCUGAGUCACAGCACGGUUGCAAGAAGCAUGGAAACGAGAUGCAACUGCCGGGGGUUUGUUCGUCUUGUCUAAGGGAGAGAUUGUCGCAGCUCCAGUCUUCUUCAUACAGGAACACAAUCGGCGGUGGCGGUGGCUACUCUUGUUCUUCUUCUCCUCCUUACUCUGCUGUUAAUUCCUCUUCCACCUAUGUGUCUCCGAUUUACCGCCGGCACCAUCGCCGGGCUUCGGAAAUGAUGGGUUCGAUUUCUUUUACGCUAAAAGUUGGUAAUGGGCUGAAGAAGAGCAGAUCAAUUGCUUUUAUUACGAGGAAGGAGGAGGUUGCGGGUUGUGGGAAGAAGAAAGGAGGGUUUUGGUCAAAGCUGCUUUGGUCUACAGGGAAGAGAAACAAUAAAGAUGUUUUGAUGCAUGGAAGGAGUGCAAGCAUGAGGUUCGAGUAAUGGGAUUUUUUCCGGCCGACAAAAACAAGCUGAUCGUGUAUAUAUAAAACAUGUUAAUCCCUUGUGAAGGCUGAAUUUGAUUACAGUUUGAAUCAAGAGAAACUACUCUGUUUUUUUUUUUUUGGUUUUUGUUCUAAUUUUUCAUUUUUGUUCUAAAUGCCUUCUGGCGUAAGUUUAUUCUACUUAGUGGAAUGUUGACGCUGAGUAUUUUAAUUUAGCUUCCACGUAAACACCUGCAGAUUAUAAUGGGAACUCAAAUUUUGACUU